AUGAAUUAUAGCGAUCAAUCGUUGGCCGUACAAGCGUUGAGUGAAUUACUUGAAAAUUACUAUUUUGAUCCGGUUUUAUGGAAUUUAUACGCGGUCUGUAGAUAUUUGUAUUUUAAAAAACCAGCAGAUUUAGGUACACGAGAAAUUCGAGUGCGAAACUAUCAUCGUGCGUGUGUGUAUGAAAGUGUACGAACCAACGACGGCGGUAUAAAGGUAAUUGUGCAGAAGUCUUUGCUGUGGUUAAAAGGCGAUUAUGGUACGGGAACGCGCGAUAUAAUUCUUCACGAUCCCGCAAAUCCUUCGUAUUGUCUUGUCGGCUUGUACAAUCGUAAAGAUAAUGAAGAACGUAUGCAAGAGGGCAAAUUAAAUCCCAAAACAUUUUAUAUAAUUCCUGCAGAAUGGGUUAAGUAUAUUUACGUUCGUUAUGAAGCUAAUCGAUGGUAUAUGUAUCUGGGGAAAGAGAAGUUUUGUUGUCGACAGGUUUUACAACGUGGCACCAUUGAAGUUGUACAACGUGAAGAUAUGGCGAUAAACAACGAGUAUCUUAGGAUUGGUGAAGAGUACAUAUCGUUUCCAAAUUAUUUUCACGUUGGUGUGGGCCCGUGCGGAUCAAAAAUUCACGAUGUACUAUCCGAAGUUGGCAUAUAUGUAAAUAGUCAACAAUUAUAUAAACGUGUAUGUGUUCUUGCAGAACCCUAUGAAAAACAACGUGAAAUAAUUUAUGCAUUAGGUACACAUUUAGAUUUUGAAAUUAAUGAGAAAGUAUUUAAUGGAAAAUAUUUUAAAGCACUAAUGAGACAUUUGUUAGUUUGUCGAUGUUGUAAUAGUUAUGUAGAUACAUUUAUAAAUAUACUUUUGGAUAUUUUAGUUAAAACAGAACCGUUAAAGAAUAUUAUGAAUAGUAUUGAUAGUGAUAGUAUGUUGCGUGGUGGCGUGCCCGCAAGUUCGUACAUUUUAGAUUCAGAUUUUGUUACGGCUCGAAGUGAUGCUUUUAGAGCACCGUUAAAAUAUGUCGAUGACAAAUUAGCCAAUGUUUGUAAAGAUAUAAUCGAACCAUUUUUUAUGAAAUAUGAUAAUAUUAGAUUUAAUUGUAUGCGUAUGCAUGGAUAUCCCUAUGUAUAA